AUGAGUAGUAGUAGCACUAAUAACACCAAUAACAACAACACAUCAGCACUUAACCUUCAAGCUGAACUUCUAGAGUUUCAAAAUCUGAAAUAUCCAACCAUUCAAGAAACAAUCACCAAUAAUGCUUCAAUUUUAUAUAAACGAAAGAAAUUUUUCCUUAUUGAAUUACGAGAAUCAAUUCAAUUUCUUGAAUGUUUUUUAAUUGUAUUAAUAUAUCUACGAGAUUUAUCAUUUUUAAAAUUAUUAAUCCGUUCAACUAUUCAUUUAUCAAUUAUAAAUAUAAAUCCUCCAUUACUGUUUAAAUUACAAUUACAAUUACUGGAUGAUUAUAAAAAAUCAUUAGUGAAAAUAUCAUUACGAGGAUUAAUUAUUGGUAAUUUAUUUUGUUUAUUAACUCAUUUAAUCUUUGGUAUAUAUCGAGAAAGUCCUAGUGGUGACGGUUAUUUACAUGGUGGAAUAACUAUACAAUUUAUUGGUGAUCGAUUACCUUAUUCACGAUUUGAAUUGAUUAUAUUGGAUCUAUUGGUUUUUUUUAUACAAUUGGUUUUCCAUAGUCUUAUUGGUGUCAUUGAUGAUUCUGAAGUAUUACAAGUGACUCCAACACAACACGGUAACGGCAACAAUGAUGCAAGCAUGGUGGAGGAACAAUUAGAUGGUACGUUUGGAUUAGAUAGAGUUCAUAUUGAGGAAGAUGGAUAUAAUGGGAAUGUCUAUUUAUUGACAAUAGAUAUACUAGGUAAUAUUAAAAAAGUGUUUGAUUAUCAAAUCAAUUUACAACCACCAUCAGGAGGGAGAUCAGAUCUGGAAGCAAAUCAAACACAAAUGCCUGGUGCAUUCCCUGGUGCAAGUUUUUCCCUAUAA